AUGAUUCCGGACCGAAGGCAUGGAAGCUGCUACGCGAACGUGAUUCAGCCCAACACGCUGCCGAUGGUGAUUGUGUUGGAGAAGGAGUUGGCUGCCCUCUCCAUGAAACCGGGAGAUGAUGUGAAACCGGUCCUUGACAAGAUCAAGGACACCUAUGCAAGGAUGGCAGUGCCGGGCAGCGAAGUGUCGCAGAUGCAACAGUGCACCAAGAUCAUCUCGUGGCUACGGCAGCAGAUUCUGCAAGAGGACUUCCGCAGGUGCCACACGGGAGGUGGUGCUACCAACAAAACUGCUGAGGGGUAUGGAGCUGCAGGAGGCAGCAGAGGAAGAGGGGGAGGGAGAGGCCGAGGCCGUGGGAGAGGCUUUGGCAGAGGGAGAGGCCGAGGUGACUACAAUGAGGGGCAUGGGAGCUCUGGUGGCAGGGGGAGCACCCGAAUAGAGGGUGCGUGCUGGUACUGCAAGAAGGCUGGACACCCGUGGUUCAAGUGUUUCAGCCGGCCUGAGGGGUGGGCCCCUCCAGGCAUGAAGCCGCCAAGUGGUGAACGUGCACGCGGUGGCGCUGUGCAAGGAUCAGGUGCACAAGGUGUUUGUGCACAAGGUAAAGCCGACCCUGGGAUGUUCCUCAUGGUUGAGGAUGUGCAAGGGAGUGGGGGUGAUGUGGGUUCAGUUGGGAAGGUUGUGAUGCACCCCCUCACUCACUGGGUGAUUGAUUCAGGUUGCACGAGUCAUAUGACCCCACGGGCAGAUUUGCUUGAUGAGGUAAAACCUCCUGGGAAGAUCAAGUUUGUGGCUGCCGCUUCAGGUGCUUUGCUCCCUGUAAUUGGUGUUGGGAAUGCUAAGGUGAUGGGAGCCAAUGGAGAGCUUGUGGGGCUUGGGAAUGUGCUGUUGGUUGAAGGUUUGUCCGCUAACCUUCUUUCUGUGCGCCGGCUGCAGAAGAGCAAGGCUGAAGUUACCUUCGGCCCAACCAGCUGCCGUGCAAAGCUUGGGAAGUUGCUGCUGUGGAACUUGGAGGAGAAGAGCAGCUGCAUCAAGGACCUGUGGCAGCUGCCCAUCAUCCCUUGGAAGGGGAAACCACCAGCAACGGCAAAGAAAGCGGCAGCGGCUAAAGCAACUGCGGGAGGAGAGGAGACUGCACCAACUGAUGGGGCCCUGGAUGCAGUCAAGAAGGUGCAGCAGCCACAGCAGCCACAUGGUGAGGUGCUUGCUGGUGUGGAUGCGACAGCUGCAUGGGCAAAGGCUUCAUCUGGGAGUGGUGAGGCUGAUUGGGAGACGUGGCAUGAGAGGCUGUGCCAUGUGAACAUUCCUAUGCUGCAGAAGCUGGUAAAGGAUGGGUGCUUGAAGGGGCUGGAGGUGAAGGGGGGAGCAAAGGAGGUUGGGAGCUGCCCUACCUGCCUUGAGACCAAAUUCACGAAGUUUCCCUUCAGCAGCAGCACAGGACCAGCCAAGGCACCACUUGCACUAGUGCACGUGGAUGUGGUGGGCCCCACGAGGGCCCUUUCUCUCUCGGGCAGCCGCUACUUCUUGACGAUUGUGGACGACCACACGCGUGCGGUGUGGGUGUACCCUCUCAAGACUAAGGGGGAGGUGGCAGCGGCUGUUCUUAAGGAGUGGAUGCCAAGAGCACAAAGGGAAAGCGGACACAAGGUGAAGGUGAUCCGCACUGACAACGGAGGAGAGUUCAUCGGCGCUGAUUUUGAGAAGGAGCUGAGGCGGAAGGGGAUCCGAGCAUCAUCUCACAGGCUGCCGGAUCCGUUUUGGGUGACAGCACUGCGGCAGGUCGUUGUUGUGAAGAACCGGGUGCUGGCGGCUGUGGGGGACAAGCAAUGGGUCCCCUACACCAAGUGGUAUGGGAGUGCGCCUGCAGUCAACAUGCUGAGAACUUAUGGCUGCAUGGUGGUGGUUCAUGUACCUAAGGAGAAGAGGGGAAAGUUGGAAGCUUCAGGGAGAUGGGGUGUGCACUUGGGGCUUGCCAAGGACCAAAAGGGCUGGUUGAUAUGGGACUUGACGAGCCAGCAACUAACUAUGUCAAGGGAUGUUAAGUUCCUUGAGUCCUUGUUCUACAAAGAGUGGAAGCAGCAGCAGAAGAAGCUUCCUACAACACCACAGAUCAUUGAGGCCGAUGAGGUGCAGCGGCCUUCGAGGCAGGUGGAGGUUUCUGUCUCCAAGGAGGAGAUCUCUGGGGUGAAUGAUGAUGGGGGAGAACCUGAGGUGGAGCAGCAGCAGCAGCAGGAGGAGGAGCAAGGUGCUCCACAAGGUGCCGGACUGUACGGCUGA